UUUUCAAAUUUUUUUUUUCUACCUGUAUUUUUUUCUUUUUUGGAAAAUUUGUUUAUCUUUAUAAAUCCAACCCCCAAAAAAGGAAAAUAAAAAAAAAAGAAGUUUGAAGCUUCGGGAUGUAUCGCUGUAACAAAAUCACUGUACAGAUCGUUCUGUCACCUACCUAGCAGAGACCCUAGGAAUUUGAGUUUAAAAGGGUUUUUGUUGUUUUGGCUUUUUAUUCUUGUAGUUUUAGAUUUGGGAUUUGUGUUUUUAAGUAUUAUUGAGUAGGUUCAUUGUUAGGGUUUUGGGUUUGUGAGUUCUUUUUCUCUUUUGUUGAUUGGUUCGAUCUUGAAUUGGAGUAGGCAAUAGAUAUGGAAGGGUUUGAGAGUGGGAGUGGUAUUCACGAAGCUCCCAAUCCUCAAGAUCUCAAGCAAUUCGGAGAUGAUUCCACAGGAGAUGCUGUAUUUGAUGCAUCUCAAUAUGCAUUCUUUGGUAAAGACGUCUUAGAAGAAGUUGAAUUGGGUGGGUUGGAAGAAGAAGAGGAGGAUUUUCCCGCAGCUGGAUUUGAAGAAGAGGAGUUUCUUUAUGAGCCAGAAGAGGGUGAGGUUUUAAGAUCUCUUUCUGAUAUUGAUGAUCUGGCCAGCACUUUUUCAAAGUUGAACAAGAAUGUCAGUGGACCAAGAGGCACAGGUGUAAUUGGAGAUGGGGGAUCCAGAGAAAGUUCAUCUGCUGCAGAAUGGGCACAAGAUGAGUUCCCUAACUGGGUUGACCAUCAAAUAUAUGAUGCUGAGAGCACUCUAGAAGGAAAGCGAUGGUCUUCACAGCCAUUUUCUUCUGCUCAGCUGAUGGAAUCAAAGACUUUAUACAGAACAUCUUCAUACCCCGAACAACAGCAGCAGCAGCAGCAGCAGCAGCCGCCACAAAACCACCACCCCCACUUUGCCAGUGAACCAAUUUUGGUACCAAAAUCUUCUUUUCCUUCAUACCCCACGCCAGGUGGCAGAUCCCAGCAUGCUUCACCAAACCACCAUUCUGGACAUCUGAAUGUUCCAUAUCACGUUGGAGGACACCAGGGUGGAUUAUCUUCUCCAAACCUCACUCCCUUCUCUAAUUCUCAGCUUCAAUUGGCUGGGUUACCUCAUUCACCUCAUUUUGGUGGAAAUUUACCACAGCUUAAUUCUGGUAUUACUGUGAACAGUCGACCUCCAAAUCAAUGGGCCAACCAGGCUGGCAUGUAUCCUGGAGAUCACCCUACCUUAUUGAAUAAUUUAUUGCAGCAACAAUUGUCUCAUCAAAAUGGUAUAAUGCCUCCACAAUUAAUGACACAGCAACAGCAACAGCAACAGCAACAUAGAAUGCACCAUCCAGUCCAGCCAUCAUUUAAUCAUUUGCCAGGGAUGCAGUCCCAACUUUUUGCUCCCCAUCUUCCUCCAUCACCACCCUUAAUGGGCAAGCUUGAAACAAUGCUUGGUCUGGCUGAUCUUAGAGAUCAACGGUCAAGAUUUGGUCAGAAAGGUAGGCUGAAUCCUCGUUUUAAUCUGCAGGGUUCUGAUACUAGCAAUCAGAAGAGUGAUGGUGGGUGGCCACAGUUUAGGUCAAAGUACAUGUCAGCUGAGGAAAUUGAGGGUAUUCUCCGAAUGCAACUUGCUGCAACACACAGUAAUGACCCCUAUGUAGAUGAUUAUUACCAUCAGGCUUGUCUCGCAAAAAAAUCAGCUGGGGCAAAGCUGAGGCAUCAUUUUUGCCCGACUCACUUAAGGGAUCUCCCUCCCCGAGCACGUGCCAAUUCUGAACCCCAUGCUUUUCUCCAGGUUGAUGCUCUUGGGAGGAUACCCUUCUCUUCAAUCCGUAGACCACGUCCUCUCCUUGAAGUGGACCCUCCAAAUUCAUCCAGUCCUGGAAGCACCGAACAGAAGGCUUCUGAGAAGCCCUUAGAACAGGAGCCAAUGCUUGCUGCUAGAGUUACAAUUGAGGAUGGGCUUUGUCUUCUUCUUGAUGUUGAUGAUAUUGACCGUUUUCUACAAUUCAGUCAACUACAGGAUGGUGGAACCCAGUUGAGACGUAGACGGCAGGUCCUACUGGAAGGACUUGCAGCGUCACUUCAGUUGGCUGACCCACUUGGCAAAAAUGGCCAGACAGUUGGGCUUGUUCCAAAGGAUGAUCUUGUGUUCUUAAGGUUAGUCUCUCUACCUAAGGGACGGAAGCUCCUCGCAAGGUAUCUACAGCUUCUUUUUCCUGCCAGUGAGCUCAUGCGAAUUGUUUGCAUGGCCAUUUUCCGUCAUUUAAGGUUCCUGUUUGGUACCCUACCCUCUGAUCCAGGAUCAGCAGAAACUACAAACAACCUUGCAAGGGUAGUUUCAUUGUGUGUUCAUGGUAUGGAUCUUGGUGCACUUAGUUGCUGUCUUGCAGCAGUCGUUUGUUCAUCGGAGCAGCCCCCCCUUCGUCCCCUUGGCAGCUCUGCAGGAGAUGGGGCUUCUCUCAUUCUAAAGUCAGUUCUUGAAAGGGCAACUGAACUUUUGACAGAUCCUCAUGUUGCUAGCAACUACAAUAUAUCUAAUCGGGAACUUUGGCAGGGGUCCUUCAAUGAAUUCUUUGGUCUUUUAACCAAAUAUUGUGUAAAUAAAUAUGACAGUGUCAUGCAGUCCUUGCUGAUCCAGGGCAAUAUUACCGUUAUUGGAACAGAUGCAGCAAGAGCUAUUACAUGUGAAAUGCCAGUUGAGCUUUUACGCGCAAGUCUUCCUCACACCAAUGAGCAUCAGAGGCAGCUUUUGCUGGAUUUUACACGGCGGUCCAUGACUGUAAGUGGUUCUGAUAGUCACAGUGGAGGGAAUGGUGGUCAGAUCAAUUCCGAAUCAGUACUGAGCUGAUAUAGAGCCGUAUCAAUACACAUUAGCAAUGUGGCCGGCAGAGAAACUGUACUUUUGACAAAUGAGAAGUGUACGUGGACUUGUUGUUUGAUGACCAGUGGAAGUGCUUUUGCAUUUCUUCUCUACUUAUGGUUCUAGUCAUAUGGGUAAGUUAGCAACAGGUAACAGCAAUAAAAUGCGGUGUUUUUUGGGCGUAUAUGGUGGGGUUAAGUUUAGUUUUAUGGUUUACAUCUUUAUGAUCCCUUAUUACAUGUCUCUGCAAUGGUAAACUAGUAAGCAGGUGUAUUUGUGUUUUUUUCUCUUUUCUUUCCCUAAAAUGUGAUGGGAUUUUUCCUUUAGAAUAUUAUAUUUUUUGGGGGGUGGAGGGGAAUAUAACUUUCCUUUGACUUGGGAGCUUAUUUUUAUGCUCUUUUGUGGAACACUCCUUAUAAUGGAGAGAAGAGGGGGAAAAUGUACAGUGGUCUAGUGCAGUUAAUUUCCCACGAUCCUGUCCGAUUAUUAAUUUUCAAGGAUGGGUGGGGGUUAGAGUUAUGUGCUUUUUUUUUUCUUUUUUUUUUUUUUUUUUCUUUUCCCCCUCUCUCUCUCCCCUCUUAUGAUAUUUGGAAUUAUGGGUCAUGUUUUCCCUGUUGUGGCAAUGCAAUUGGGAGGAGAAGGGGCUUGCAAAUGUUUAGGUUGUAAGCUAGUUGGUUUUUAUAAAGCAGGAUAAUCAGUUGGGUUUUGCACUCAACUGUCAAAAAUUAUGUUAAAAUUGCUGUUGCUUUUAGUAUCAAACUUUCUGUUCCAACUUUGUUUAUGAAUUCCUUUUCUUUUUUGGUUGUCCUUUUGAGUUCAUAUAUUUUGAAGAUGGGCUACAUUUUUGUUAUGUGAUUAGUACGUUGUACCAUUUUGCCAACAACAAUGGAUUUGAAUUGAUUGCAGUGAAUGUAAGCUGAAGCUGCGUGCCAUAUUUGCUUCUU